CCGCCAUCGGGACAAACGCUAGUGUUCUUGUAACACAACAAAAAUUCUACAGAAAUAUAGUUGACUUCUAAACUAACUAACUUCGAAACAGUCAGACUGGAUAGCGUUUGAAAAUUAUAUUCAAGUGACUUACGAAGCAAUUGUGAAAUAAGCAAAUGAGCUAUAUGAGGGACAACGUAAGCGAGAUGUUGCAUUUAGAGAGAACUGGAAAAAUUGGAGGAAACAUGGACUGGAACAAUGGAAGUCAGAUACGACAGUUCUAUGCUGGAAAGAGGAUUCUACUCACUGGGAGCACUGGUUUCUUAGGAGCAGCGAUUCUGGAAAAGCUUUUACGCACUUGUUUGGAAAUCGACAUGAUUUACUUGAUAGUCAGGGCUAGGGGAAAAAUGUCAGCCGAGGAGCGAAUGGAAAAAUGUUUCCGAAGUCCUGUUUUCGACGUACUGCAGAAGGAAAAUCCCAAUUUCAAGUCAAAAAUUCACACAAUGCACGGUGAUCUACAAAAUGUUAACUUGGGUCUUUCACCGGAAGACUACAAACUCCUAACCGAGAAUGUCAACAUAAUUAUUCACAAUGCAGGAGACACAUCAUUUUUGGCAAGAUUAUCUUCCAUCUUGAAGACAAACUCGUUAAGCAGCAAACAUAUGCUUGAUUUAGCGGAGAAGUGCACUACUCUUCAAGCGUUUGUGUACGUUUCGUCCGUGUAUAGUCAGUCUUACAACGAACGAAUCGAGGAAAAAUGUUAUACACCCCCUGGUGAUAUACGCAUGGUCGAGGAUUUGAUAAAAGCCGACGAAGCAAUUCCAAACGGGUUCAACAAACAUACAUUGCGCAAAGUAUUAGGAAAAUGGUUUAACACGUAUACCUUCUCCAAAGCCAUGGCCGAAGGCUUCGUUGAGGAGUUCGCACGAAGAAGCACGAUCCCUUGUGCUAUCUAUAGGCCUUCGAUAAUUAUCUCAUCGGCCAAAGAACCAACACCAGGGUUGAUAACACAUGUAACUGGAGUUCCCGGGCUGACACUUGUAUAUGCCCUGGGUAUAAUGCACUGUAUGCUUAUAAAACCUGACGUUAUCAUUGAUUUCGUUCCGAUUGAUAUGACGGUUAACUCUCUGCUGGCAUGCAUUUGGGAUUUGAGUACACGCAAGUAAGGAAAAUUUAUUGAUAAACUUGGGAACUUUCAUUAUAUCGUCGCGA